AUGAAUAGCAUAAAGGACAAACUUACCAAGGAAGUAAAAAACUUUAAAAGAACUGCGUUGCUUAGGGGAAGUCCUGCGUUCAGGAUUAGCGUAUGGUUUUCUGGAAUGACCCUUGGACUCGCCUGGAUUCUCAUAAGCGAGUACAAUAACCCGAAGAGCAACAACGUAUUCAUUAAAAAAAAGGAGGCAGAUUUUUUUACCAGAGAGGAAAUAGAAAAAUGGAACAAGCCGUACUACUCCAAAGGUGAUUACAACACAGUGGUUAUGGACUCCAACAUGACGGCAGACGAAAAAAGGAAACACAUCCUGAAGGGCAUAAAUAACGCCAAAUGA